AUGCUACGCUGCCUCGUGACAGACGCAGCAGCAGAAUCGGAUUCAAGGCUAUCGGAACUCUCAAUCAGCCAGAUACUUGCCCUCACCCCGCUCCACCAGCUGCAAGUGCCCCCUUUGCACUGGACAAAGCACCAUCUCCGCCUGCUUAGAUGUGCCUUUGUUGACGACCAGGACAUCACCCAUCCUCAUUCCGUCUACAACUAUUCCGCCGACAGCCAAACGAUUCCAGACGUUGCCACAAACACCAUCACGUUCUUUCCGCAGACUCCUCCUCCCCCAUCAACAUCUGCUACUUCAGUCAGCCCAUCAUCGCCGCCGCCUCCACCACCACAAAUCAUCGAAUCCUCCGACGCCCAUGACGAGAACAUUACCCCCCCGGACUCCGACUCCGACUCUGACUCCAACACCGACAUCGACGCCGACGCGAGCGCCCAGGCGUUGAAAUCCUUUCUAUCACAUAGGGCUCCGUUCCACCCGCAUGUAAGGUGGGCGCGAUGCCUUGCCUUGAGCCGUGUUGUCGCUGCCAAGGAGGGUGCCAUGACGAGCUUGCUAGAGAAGAGUCCCCUCCAAGCUAAGCCGGCAAGGUCCACUCCGACAUUCCACUACAGACUAUUUCGAGAGCGCGUCGCUGGCACCGCGUUUGCCAUGCCGUCCGAGCCCUCCCCAUCGAUUCUUUUCCUCCAAGCGAGCGACAUUGGGCGGUGCCGCGCCGCGUCCCUUCGCCAUCUAUACCUCCAACGUCACAGCCGAGAUCGGAAGCGCCUCUUCGACGACCAUCUCGGUCGCAUCGCAGCCGACAUGGAUGCCUUUCGCGACCCUUACAUCGCUGCCGCUCUCAUCGCAAUGGCCCAGGCCGGGCGCAAGUCCAUCCAGUCUCAAGCGCGAUCGCCUCCGCCCCAUCAGGAUACCUACUCGGUCCGACUGCUCCUCAGCGAUAUCAAUAACCCGACAUGCCUGAGAACGUUUUCUGCCGAAAUACCCGAUGCCUUCCUCGACAAGCUCGCAUACCCCCAGUUAUCCCCUCUGCCGAGCGCCACCUUCCAGAUCGUCCAUACUCCGGUGGCGUACGUGCCAUACGCCUCCUUCCAGUCGAGACUUGGUCAAGUCUUGCUCCCGUCACGCGGUCAGAAGCGCCCAAGAGGCGGUCGAUACGAUCAGGAUACGCCCGAUGAGACCAUGGCGGAGGAGGGGCCCAAUGCGCAAGUCCGCAGGCUGGCAUAA